AUGGAAAUCCGAGGACGAAGUCCUGAGCGAGGUCGAAACCAAACACCUACCAUAGACGACCUAUUCGAUUACGAUGCUGGCCUUGAUGAUAUCCUCAGAGAAACAGAAACCAGCCAACCCAAUGCCUCUACAAAUUCAGCGUCAAAAAUCAAAAAUGCACGGACAGACUCCAGUGGCGCCGGCCUAGGUCUCGAUGAGGAGAUCAAAGUUGCGCCGAAGAGACGACCUGUUGUGAAACUAGAUGAGACACGUUUACUAUCGCAGGCUGGAAUUCCAAAACUGCGGAAGGACGCAAAGACGAAGCUGAAGUUUAAGGGGAAAGGCCACGAGGCAUGA